AUGGGAGAUUCUUUUUUCUUGUAUCUAUUUCCUCUUCCAAAUUUGCCCAAAAAGAACAAUCAAGACAAUGCUGGUUCCGGGGCCAAACCAAAGAGUGUGACAUCUCUACAGCCAGAUGAUGUACAACAGUACCUCUCACACAGCGCAGAAGAGCUUGAUAAUUUGGAAGGAGCAUCCAGUGGAAAGCAUACAGUGGCUCCACUGGUGCCUACAAUACAGCAGGAAAAUGGCAGCAGUACAACAACAACAGCAACAACAACCACAACAACAACAUCAACAACAUCCAACACCCCUACCAUCACAACCACCACAGCCACAACUACUACGACGACAUGCUCAGGAGGUAUUGGCUCAGCUGAUACCUUUGUGGACGAAAGUGAUGGAGCACACCCCCCUGAUCCAACACGCACCAAGGCGGCAAUAAAGCAACUACAAGAUAAGAUCCAUAAAAUUAUGGGUCAGAUCAAAAGCGAACAGAACUCGAAAGAAGCAAAUGUCAAUGAAUAUCUGCGAUUAGCAUCAGGUGCAGACAAACAGCAAAUUUUACGGAUAAAAACAGUUUUUGAGAAGAAAAAUCAGAAAUCCACCCACUCUAUUGCACAACUCCAGAGGAAGCUUGAAAACUACCAGAGAAAAUUAAAUGAUGUUGAAACAUAUGGGGUUUCCAGUCAUAAACAAGCCAAAGAGGUUCUACGAGAUAUGGGACAAGGUUUAAAAGAUGUUGGAGCAAAUAUUAUGGAUGGUUUGAGCGGUUUCUCUGGCAAACAACCAAGAACCCAUGGAUUUUCUCCUCGUGGCGUUGUUGAUAAUAUCAAAGGUGCCAAAGAGACAUUAGUAUCAAAGCCACGUGAAUUUGCUCAUCUCAUAAAGAAUAGAUUUGGCAGUGCCGAUAAUAUUAGUCAACUUGAGAUGCUGGUACCUGUUCCACAAAGAUUGCCUAGAAAAGUUUCUGGACCGAAAGCACAUACAUAUGAUUCUAUGGAAGAAAACCCCACUGAUGAUGCAUCUCAUCAUGGCAGUGGAACAUUACCUGCCAGCUUUAAAUAUGGUUCUGAAGAUGACAACUCCAGUAUAACGUCAGGUUCUGGAUUUGGUGCUCAGAGCAGUCCACACUCAGCUUCUCAAAACAUGGCUCAGCAACAGCAGCAGCAGCAACAUCAGGGCUUGCCCUCAUCAUGCAUGCAGGUGCCCUCUCUGGGUAGCCAGCACCCAACUUUCAAUAUUGAUUAUCGUUUUCUUGAACAGCGAGACACAUUAGAAAAACUCCAGGACAAAAUCCAUCGACUUGCAGAUGAAUUUGAGGUCUACAAAGUUGAGAACUCAUUCCAUGGAGAAAUAAAUGUACUCCGAAGUAUGUUAGAAGAAGAACGUUAUCGCAGUGAAAGGCUUGAAGAGCAACUCAAUGAUCUCACAGAAUUACACCAGAAUGAGAUUACAAACAUGAAACAGGAAAUCAGCAGCAUGGAAGAGAAAUUGGAAUACCAAUUAGAAGAACGAACUCGUGAUAUGCAUGAUCUGCUUGAUAAUUGCCAAACAAGGAUUUCCAAAAUGGAAGUUCAACAGCAGCAGCAACAGCAGCUGAUCUCCAUGGAAAUGGUGGAAAAUGUAACAUUUCGCACUUUACUGACCAAGCUGAUCAACGUUGUCUUAGCAAUAUUGGCUGUGAUACUUGUGUUUGUGUCAACAGCGGCCAACCUUGUUGCACCUUUCCUUACAACAAGGGCCAGAAUUUUAAGCACUUUCUUGCUGAUAUUUGUUGUUGUGAUGUCUUGGAGGAAUUGGGAUCGCUUCCUCCAACUUUUCGACUACUUUGUGGCAGAAUAUAACCGCCUCCUAUCCAAGCGAUAG